AUCUUUUACUAUUCAUACGCGGUCACCACAUACCUGGUGCUGACGAUCGGUCGUCUUGGAUAUCCCGUGACAGAUGUAGAACCAUGGCGCAUCUCGUUUUUAUUCAAGGGCCUUUACUACAUCCAGAUUUCCUAUGCGGUCGGGAUGGGAUCGAUCAAAUGUAGCCUCCUCCUUCUACUCAAGAACAUCUUUGGAACGACAUCUGUGGCCUUUCGCAGAAUCUCCUGGACGAUUGUCACGUUAUGCAUUUCCUGGAGUGUGAUGACUAUCUUGAUUGCCUUCCUGCAAUGCCGCCCGCUCAACUACAAUUGGAACCUGAAGGAUCCUGCGGGCCAUUGUGAUAAUCAGAAUGCCGCAUUCGCAGCGGUCGGCGCCGUGGAUAUUGCAACAGAUGUAAUGAUUAUUAUUUUACCUGUUCCGAUGGUAUUGGCGCGGCAGUUGUCCAAUUCUAAAAAGGCAGCUAUUAUUUCCGUAUUUGCUCUCGGGUUAUUUACCAUCGGUAUCACCGUCGCCCGGAUGGUCGAGAUUCUUAAUGUCAACUUUGCAACCUUCAUCACUACGGGGAAGAUGGUUUUUAUCUGGUCAUUGGUCGAAUGGGGGACAGCUCUGAUCGUCGCCAGUGCUCCAUUGUUACGGCCUCUGGUUAACAACCUCGUG